AUCGCGGUCUCACUCGCAUUCACGAGCUCCAGUUACUCCUCUCUGUCUCGCUACACUACUACUUCUCCCCUCGUGCGGGCUUGCCUGCUAGCGUGUCACAGCGAAUGGAGGCCUACCCGGCAGCGGCGUCGCCACAGAAGGCAGCCAUGGACAUGGACAAGCUCAUCAGCCACCAGCUCUUCUCCCUGCUCGAGAGCAAGUUCCUCUUCGGCGCCGGCGCCGGGUGCCAGUCCUCCGGCCCCGGGACGCCGGCCCGGGCGUUCCUCGACGGCGGUCGCGUGCGGGUGCUCGCCAUCGACGGCUGCGGCGCGGGCGCCGAGGACGCGUUCCUCGCCGCCGCCGUGCUCGCGAGGCUCGAGGCCAAGCUGCGGGAGCAGGCCGAGGACCCCGACGCGCGCGUGGCCGACUUCUUCGACGUGGCCGCGGGCGCCGGCGCGGGCGGCGUUCUGGCCGCGAUGCUGUUCCUGAGGGGCCCCGAUGGGCGGCCGCGGUACUCGGCCCAGGAGGCGCUCGCGUUCGUGGCCGGCAGUGUUGGAAAAAAGGACUGGGGCGGCAGGCGCGGGCGGUGGGCGAAGCUGUUCCGCCGCUCCCGGAGCGGCGAGCAGGUGUUCCGGCGCGUAUUCGGCGACGCGACGCUCAGGGACACCGUGGCCCCGCUCCUCGUUCCCUGCUACGACCUCGCCACGGGCGCGCCCUUCGUGUUCUCGCGCGCCGACGCCGUCGAGAGCGACGCCUUCGACUUCCGCCUCCGCGACGUCUGCGCCGCCACAUUCGCCGUCGGCCGCGAGCCCGUCGCCAUGAGGUCCGUCGAUGGCCUCACGGCCAUAUCCGCGGCGUGCGCGGGAGUGGCGGCAAUGGGCAACCCGGCCGCCGCAGCCAUCACGCACGUGCUCCACAACAAGCAGGAGUUCCCUCUCGCCACCGGCGUCGACGACCUCCUCGUGCUCUCCAUCGGCGCCGGCGCCGGCGCCUCCGCUUCCGUUCCCGGCGGAUCGAACACACCAAUGCCGACACGUUCGCCUUCGCCACGGGAGCUGGCGCGCGUCACGGCAGCAGGCGUCGCCGACAUGGUGGACGAAUCAGUGGCCAUGGCGUUCGGGCACACGUGCGGGAGCAGCUACGUGCGCAUCCAGGCCGGCAGGGCGCCGACGCCGCUCCACGCUGACAAUGCGGCCGCGGCCGCCGGAGCGAUGCUGGCGCAGCGGAACGUGGAGUCGGUGCUGUUCCGAGGACGGCGGCUGUCGGAGCGGACGAACGCCGAGAAGGUGGACGCGCUGGCGGCGGAGCUGGUGAAGGAGCAGGAGCGCAGGCGGCGCAGCCCCCUCCCUAACGUGGCCAUCAAGCAGGUCGGCACGCCCCGGCUGUCGUCGGCGACCACUUCGUCGUCGGGCACUGCGACGGCGAGGACAGUGUCGACGAUGCCGUCGCCGGCGUCGUGGGAUUCUCGCCGGUAGACGUUGGGUAAAUUUAUUAGGCCGUGACGUGACGAGGAUCCUGUGUACAUUGCAUUGCAUGUCACUGACAAAAGGAUCUUUUGUUGUUUGCAAGAAAUAGGCACUAAACGUGCGGGAUGGAAAGUUUGGAAAUGAAAUUUCAAAUUUGUUUGCGA